GUUGACUGGAAGAGUCCGAUCGACAGGGAAACUGUUCUUCUGGCGUGCGUCGACACAUAUAUCUCAUUCGAGUAUAUAUAUCGAUUGUUCUAUCAAGACCGAAGUUUUAGCAUUCUCUUCCUGCCACAGGCCGUGUUUUGACACCCCCUGGUUCCCGUACAUACCGGUGGUGGCACCGCCAACCUACGAUCGAUCGCAGCACUAGAUCCUUGUAUCAUCUGAUUGCUCUUCUUUACACCGACCUGUUUUGCGCUUGACAGAGAUCCAUCUCAACUCGAGCGUCCAAUACUUUCCGAUCCGAUCUGAUAUUAUCCGAGAUCUCGGCGCGACUAUUGUUAGAGGGUUAUCGCAUACACUGUGAAGAUGAAUCUGUGUGGUCGGCAAAAGGUUGUUCAGCGGAAGAUGGUGCUACUUGGGGAUGGAGCUUGCGGCAAGACAUCGGCAUUGAAUGUGUUUACUCGGGGGUUCUUUCCUACUGUCUACGAACCGACGGUUUUUGAAAACUACGUCCAUGAUAUCUUCGUCGAUAACACGCAUAUGGAACUAUCACUAUGGGAUACAGCGGGACAAGAAGAAUUUGACCGUCUGCGCGCGCUUUCAUAUGAAGAUACACAUGUGAUUAUGCUCUGUUUUAGCGUCGACAACCGAGAUUCCUUUGAAAAUAUAUCUACCAAAUGGAUGGCAGAAAUCCACGAAAACUGUCCCGGUGUGAAACUUGUUCUGACGGCACUCAAAUGUGAUUUGCGAAAGGAUGAGGAACAGAAUGAGAAUCCAGAUGCAGUUACGUUUGAUGAAGGACUUGCAAAGGCGAAGGAAGUUGGUGCUGUCAAGUAUUUAGAAUGCUCGGCUGUCCAGAAUCGCGGAAUCCGCGAGACGUUUUAUGAAGCUGCCAAGGUGGCACUGGAAGUCAAGCCAGCCGGUGGUAGUACGAAUAGCGGCUGCAGCAUCCUUUAACUUGACCUGCUUCAAUUCUAUAUACCAUUCGACACGAUUCAAUUUGCGAUCGACCUUUGACUAUCUAUUCGUGCAUAUUUUUUUUCUUUCAACCUUCGACCCUCCCUCUACCGUGUGACUGUUAGAGGCUUACCCAUUUCACGGAGUUUCAGUUGGCAUUGAUAAACGGCGUUGUCCUUGUUGCGAAUACGUACGAUGCAGCCUGCAGCGAAGCUAUGCAAUGCAGUGCGACUAUCCCAGAACUUACCGCAUACCGUUCUGAGUAUCUACUCGGGUAUUCGAUUCAUUUGGCUUGGUGAUCUUCUUUCGACGAGAUGAUUUAUUUACCUUUUAUAUUAAUAUUCUAAUUCUCUUCUUGUCUACUUGUUCCUUUUCUAUUGUUAUGAUCGAUUAGGCGUGUCAUGAUUCUCUUUACCUUGCUAUAAUACAAUCUACAUCUAUUUCAUUAUCACACUCAAUCAAGUCCGACAUCCUCGAUCCCAAUCUUAUAAACCGACUCAACACCAUCCCUCCUCCCACCCUUCCCAACCGGAAAAUCACCCUCCAACCUCCUCACAAACGAAUCCACAAACCCAUCCGCAACCUCACUCAUAACCUCCUCUUCCAUCUUUUCGCUCGGAAACGUUACCCCCUCCCCUUCAAGACUAGUAGCCUCCUUCCCUUCCAAUCCACACGCCACAAUCUGUUUAAAGAACCACAUCGGUUCCUGAGUAACAUUGAGCCCAAUACCGUAUGAACUUAUAUGACGCCGUAAAUGUACCCCUACAGCCGUAAUCUUUCUCGCCUCCCCAUCAUCCUUGGACGCAACCCAUACGCCCGGGUCAGACGUCGUAAACCCUCGUACCCUGUACCUGUCCAAAAGAUCGAUUACGCUUCGUUCAAGAAGACUUAUGUGACAUCUCGGCGAGAGACCUAAUCUUCUCAAGUCGAGGAUUGUGUAUGCUACUAAUUGCCCAGGGCCGUGAUAGGUUGUUUGUCCGCCGCGGAGAGUGGGGUGAUAUUCCGCCUUUCUCGUCUGUUGACCGGAAGAAGAAGAAGAAGAAGAAGAAGGGGAGGGUUGGGUGGGAUCGAGUAAAUGUCGAAUCGGCUCUAGGGAUGGUGGAAGCGAUAAUUCGAGGGAUGGGGUGGGAUCAGAGGGGGAGGAAGUAUUUGAUGGUGGGAGGUCGCGGCGUCCGGUUGUGUAGACGGGGUUGGGCGUGAAGGUUAUUAUUGUUGGGUCUGGUGGUAUUGUCGAUGUUGAGGUUGGUGUAGAGACGGCUUUUUUGUAGGCGAGAUGGCGUAAGGUGAGGGUUUGUUGGAUUUGGGAGACGGUGUUGAAGGGUGUUAUGUUUGGGAGGUGGAGGUGGGCGAGACGCAUGAUCAAUAUGAGCGGUGCAAACUCUUUUUGUAUAUUUGUCGAGUCAUACAAUUGAGUGUCGGAGAAGUUGGAGAUCGAACUGCGGCUCCGCAUUGUGACGACAUUAGCUUGAGCUUCAAGCCUCGACACGUGAUCUCAUUUUAUACGUAUUUGAUGUUGGGAUAAGGAAAAGAAAAAAGAGGAAAAAAA